UUCAGUUGUGAAUUGACAAGCGUUCGGCGGCGCCCCCUCCUUUCUUUCUUUUCAUUCCCAGUCGUCAAACAUGGGUAUCGAUAUUAACCAUAAACAUGACCGUAAGGUUAGGCGCACAGAGCCUAGAAGUCAGGAUAUCUAUCUUAGACUUCUCGUAAAAUUGUACAGAUAUAUGGCUCGUCGUACAUCCUCCAAGUUCAACAAGAUCAUCUUGAAUCGCUUGUUUAUGAGCAGAACCAACAAGCCACCAAUCUCUGUGGCCAGAAUCGCACGUUCCAUGAAGAAGCCAGGACGUGAAGGUUUGACCGCUGUUAUUGUUGGUUCAGUCACUGACGAUCGUAGAAUGUGGAAAUUGCCCAAACUUUCUGUCUGUGCUCUCCGUGUUACUGACAAAGCUCGUGCCAGGAUUUUGAAAGCUGGUGGUGAAGUUUUAACUUUUGACCAAUUGGCUCUUCGUGCCCCAACUGGCACCAAGACUGUCUUGCUCCAAGGAAGACGUAACGCUCGUGAAGCUUGCAAGCACUUUGGACCAGCCCCAGGAGUUCCACGUUCCCACACUAAGCCAUUCGUCAGGUCCAAGGGACGUAAAUUCGAAAGGGCCCGUGGCCGCAGGCGUUCAUGCGGUUACAAGAAGUAGAUUGUCCAUUGUGUUAUUUCUAUUUAAUAAUUGUGUAAUCGCAUUUUUUCAAUAAUAAAAUUUAGUGGUUACAAAUUU